GAUGUUAAAAGUGUUAAUGUAAUAAACAGAGUGUUGGGAAAAAGUUUAUGACUCACAGAAUGCAUAAUAUUCAUUAAGUCAAUUAAAAAGUGUCAAGUAAAGUCAAAGAUAGAGAAAUCUGUUUUAAAGUGGUUUUUUAUUUUAGUAGAAGCAAGAGUGAUCUGUUUGCUUUUAUUUACCAAAAGUAACGUUAAGAAAACGUAUAAUAAAAGAUCAUACAUUCGUACUCUGAUAUUAAUGACAAAUUUUCUAAAUGCCUAUCUUUCAGUUCUAAACGUGUUUAGUAUUUUAUAUAUCACGAAAACAAGUUCUGUAUUCUGUAUAUAAUAUACAUCUUUAUCGAGAGCAAUAUGUAAUACGUAAUAAACAGUGUUGAACAGUUAAAAAAGCUAAAAAUUAAAAUUACAAAAAAAAUUAUAAAUAAAAAUUUUAUCGUGGACUAUCGAUGCUACUGACUUCGUUCAGAAAAUGGGCCUUUCUGAUAUUUUUAUGAUUGUAAUUUUAAACAAAAUGAUAAUUUUAAAGAACGCUGCAGAUAGCUCUUUAUAUUUAAGUGCAGUAAUGUAUAAUAAAAAAAAUAUUGAUAUUUAAACGUAUUAAAUAAUUUAAAUAUCAAUUCCGAUAAAAGCGCCGUCGCUAUCGUGUGAGACAUUAAACGAAAUACGCUGCGCAAAAAGUGGAAGUGUGUGCGAGUCUUCAUCCGGAAGAACACCCACUUACGUGUCCAUUUCGAUGGAUAAUUUACGGCAAGCUAUUUACCGCACCCAUCUUUUCUCUCGUUCAAAGCAAAGUAUAAACGGACGCAAACUACAUCAAGAUAUGGAUGCGAUGAAAAAGGGUUGGUUUAGCGAAUUGAACGAACUCUGGCCCGGCGUUGCACUUUCGCUAGAGGUAGAGGAAAUCUUGCAUUCCGAGCGCUCUCAAUUUCAAGACAUCUUGGUAGUAAAAACAAAAUCACAUGGUAGGGCUUUAAUGCUCGACGGCGUGAUCCAAACCACGGAGAAAGAUGAGAUGGCCUAUCACGAGAUGAUAUCGUAUUUACCACUCUGCAGCCAUCCAAAGCCUCAGCACGUUCUGAUAGUCGGAGGUGGCGAUGGUGGAGCUGCCCGAGAAAUCGCGAAACAUCCGGAUGUAGAGCGCGUCACGUUGGUGGAUAUCGACGACCGAGUUAUCGAACUGUGUAAGCAAUAUCUACCUCGUUUGAGUUUGGGUCUCAACAAUCCUAAAGUACACAUUUCUGUUGGCGACGGCUUCGAAUUUCUGAGGAAUCAUCAGGAAGAAUUCGACAUCAUCGUCACCGACAGCAGCGAUCCCGUAGGUCCUGCUGAGAAUCUGUUUAAACAAUCGUACUAUGAAUUACUAAAGGCUGCGUUGAAACCUGGUGGAAUCAUUGCCAGCCAAGCUGGCACAGCUUGGAUGAACAUGGACCAAGUGCGCAGCACAUUACAGCAUUGCAAGACUAUGUUUCCCGUCGCUGCCUACGCGGUAACGGCUGUACCGACAUAUCCCACGGGUCAAAUCGGUUUCGUCCUUGGUAGCUUAAAUGAACAAACAAAUUUAACAGAACCAGUGAAGAUAUUCAGCGACGAAGAUCUCGAUCGUAUGUCAAUGAAGUAUUAUAAUGAUAAAGUACAUCGGGCAGCUUUUGUCUUACCACGAUUCGUGGAGAAAGGUUUGCAAAGUGAUUAAAGUAUUAACCAAAUAUCUCUCCUGAAUCAAUUCUUCAUGAGGAAUCAUCUAAAGAUUGUGGUUACUAUUUGAUGCAUGGUCAUAUAUGUCAAUGUACAGCCAUUGACAAAAUUAUUAGGCACCCUAUUUAUUUUACAAUUUUUUCAAAUAAAGGAAAUAAAUAACAUUGUUUUUAUAAAUGUUAUCAAAAAGCAAGGAUGCCUAAUAAUUUUGUCAAUGGCUGUAUGAUGAUUGUCUUGGCAAAUGUCGUCUUCGAUGGUUUACCGUCCACGCGAGAAACGGUCCGAUCAAAGUCUGAUUGGUUCCGGAUGGAUUUGAAUUUGGAUUUUUGAUAUAAAGAGCAAACGUGCAACUUUCUAUGCUACAAUUGCCACACUGACAGCUAUGAUAAAUGUUUAUUUAUUAAAUUCGAUUUAAAAAAUGAUUGGGGCAGUGAAAUUUACUUAUAUUGGUAUUUGCGUGUAAAUAAUGCUUAAGAUUUUGUGAUACAAAUAAAAAUAAUCGUCAAUAUA